AUGAGAAGUAUCAAAGGCAAGCUAACAAGCAUAGGAAGCCAGCUGCAGCGGUUUCCUCAGGGCAAGCAUGGAAAGUUGAAACCACGGGCUGAUGGCCCAUUUAAAGUACUCCGGUGUGUAGGGGAUAAUGCUUACAAGAUUGAACUCCCAGGAAAUUAUGGAGUGUCAGCAACCUUCAACGUGGCAGACCUUUCUCCGUAUCAUGGCAGUGAAGACAAAGAGAACUCAGGGACGAGUUCACGUGCAGCGGAAGCGUAUGACACCGAAUCUGACCUCUUCUAA